CCGCUGAACCGGCAGCCUGUUGUGCACAUCUGCCCUCCUCCCACUUCGCACUUCUGCCAUGUUAUCUCUCCGUGGCCUGAGAGGCCUCACGCUUGCAUCGCUUGCCUGCGGGGCUUCAUCCUUCACUAUGAGUCACUUCGCAGCGGGCGCGGCUCUGCGACGGACAUCCACAACAGCUGUAACUCCUCGGAGGCUGCUAAGCCGUGCGGGAGCGACGUGGGCGACUCCUUGCAUGGCCUCCGCGGAGCACUUUGACUUUUUAGUGAUAGGGGGCGGGUCUGGGGGGGUAUCUAGUGCCCGCCGAGCUGCGACUUAUGACGCCAAGGUGGCUGUCAUCGAGGCAAGUGCUUUGGGUGGAACCUGCGUGAACGUUGGCUGCGUCCCGAAGAAGGUCAUGUGGAAUAGUGCCCAUGUGAUGGACAUGGUCAACGAGGCGAAAAAUUUCGGCGUGGUCACGUCAGCUGGCAAGGUCGACUGGCCCACCCUCAAGGAAGCCCGUGACACGUACAUCACCCGCCUCAACGGCAUAUACGAGCGCAACCUGGGGAGCUCUGGGGUGAAGAUCAUCGAGGGUUAUGGAUCCUUCGUUGGGCCAAAAACGGUGCAAGUGGAAGGAGUGGAAUACACCGCCGACCACAUUCUUGUUGCUGUCGGCGGAAGACCCACGAUGCCUUCUAUUGAAGGAGCGGAACACUGCAUCGACAGCAACGGCUUCUUUCAGCUAGAGGAGCAACCGAAGAAGGUAGCAGUGAUUGGCGCGGGGUACAUCGCUGUGGAGCUUGCCGGGGUAUUCCAUUCAUUGGGGACGGACACCACGCUUCUGGUUCGACGUGACAGGCCCCUCCGCACGUUUGACUCUCUGAUGGUAGACACUCUUAUGUCAGAAAUGGGCAAAUCGGGAUUGACGGUCAGACCUCACGCCACGACAAAGAGCGUGACGAAAGAGGCUGACGGCACGCUGACGCUUACGCUGGAGGACGGAGAAAGCCUGGGAGGCUUUGACCAGGUCCUGGUAGCAGCCGGUCGCGAACCGAUCCUGGACAAGCUCGGGUUGGAUAGCGCAGGGGUGAAGACCGACCGAGGGCGCAUCACGGUGGAUGAAUUCCAGAACACGAACGUGGAAGGGGUUUAUGCUGUGGGGGAUGCAUGCGACAAGAUGGUGGACUUGACGCCUAUGGCGAUCGCGGCAGGGCGACGACUGUCUGACCGUCUAUUUGGUGGUGUCGACGGCGCUAAGGCGGACUACAACAACGUCCCGACGGUGGUUUUCUCGCACCCGCCAAUCGGUACGAUAGGCUUUACAGAAGAGCAAGCCAUCAAGGAGCACGGAGAGGACAAGAUCAAGAUCUACUCUAGCACGUUCGUGAACCUGAUGUACGGCCCGUGGAAGAUCGACCCAAGCGAAAAGAAAAAAUCUGCCAUGAAAAUGAUUUGUCUCGGAGAGGAGCAACAGGUGAUAGGCCUCCACGUCAUCGGCGAGGGCGCAGAUGAGAUGAUGCAGGGCUUCGGGGUGGCGAUGAAGCUAGGAGCGACCAAGGCUGACUUCGACUCUUGUGUGGCCAUUCAUCCCACGGCCAGCGAAGAGUUUGUUACCCUUCCGCCGUGGGGAUUGGACAACGGGAAGCGAAGUCAACUGUAGACUGGAUGAUCCCCGACCGUUGUCUCGUGUCGAACGUCGAUACACGUGGGCACGCCGCCGACAUUAUUUGGCAAACAUGUCUUGUACGGUAAUGCCUGCAAGCCCAAAAUAGAGAAAGAUGUAUCUGCCCUUGCUGGGUGUCGUGAAGACAAGCGUUUUGCGUACAUGCAAUCCUUUUUGAUCCUUUCGUUCCGCCACGAAGCAAACCGUGUCAUGCGUCAUGCUCCCCGUUUCUGUCCAUCUCGCCGGGAUUUUCGGUUCAGUCCGAAACCAUGGUACGCUUGACUAUGCCCUGCAGUGAACGAGAGAGGCACAAUAGGGCAUGCAUUCAGCAUUCAAAGUUGAGCUUCUGUGUGACCAGCGGCGAUGUUCACGUACGUUCGUACAAGAGUCCAGGAAACCUACCUUGUGACACUUGUCAGGCUGAAAAGUGAGAACGAACUACACGCCUCGUUUUUGUCCAAGACACGUUAAAGCUGAUGCUGAAUACCAUGUUUGCGUAGGUUGCGUUUUGAAGCUCGGUAAGGGUGAAUGACCCAAUAGGACUCCCUCACCACAUUCUUGCGUUGCUCUGCGUGGCCAUACCUGAACCGUGGUCAUAUGUGUGUUGAACAAAUCCAAGAGCUCGAACGCCGUACAGAACAUGAGGUCGAACUCGUGUUCACCGAUUACCUGGGUAGGUUAUUUCAAGUCGCGUUCCGCGUAAAUAUUGCGUCAAAUAGCUAUGUGAUGCAAUCGGCAUGAAGGUCCCUAGUGGAAACGGAUAGAUGCUGAAGAAAAUAAGGUGCUGUUAACAAC